AUGCCGAUCACCCCUGUUGCCCCACCCAUUUCUUCAACAUCUGCCGCGGUACCUUCGCCCAUUGACGAUGCGGCAUUGUCGGAUAAGGACGACAACUAUGAACCAUUGACCGCUACUCCUACUACGCUAGUAUCCUCUUGCAUGCCGUCCUGCGGUGCCGAUAACAACGUCCGUGUGUUAUCUGACGCUACGAAAUCCUCUCUCAAGGCUAACCCCGUCUUGCCCGACAGGUCAUCAAAGGGGCGGUACAAGCAGCGUGUUCUGAACUUCGCGCGUUCGGGCGGUCCGACACAGCCCGAACCGUCUGUGGAGACGGUACCCGUUGCUCCCGAACCUGCGGCUAAAGACGAUGAGGACCCCAAAGGCAAGAAGCUCUCGGUUGAGGAGCUUCAGCUGAAGUCCAAGGAGCAGUGGCUGCGAUACUUUCCCUGGCUGUUCAUCUCCGAGUCCAAGGAUGGCCGACCCUGCAUGCGCUGCAGCAUCUGCAUGGUCUUCGCCGACCCCCACUCCAAGUACGGACGCUACGGUGACGGUGGCACCGACAUUCAGAAGCAGACGAUGCGCAAGCAUCACCACAGCCUGGAGCAUGAGGCAGCGGUCCUGCGGAAGGAGCAACGUAACGGAGCGAAGAAAGGAAAGAAGUCCAUUAUGGACUUCCACCAAGGGGAUGAGGAGGUGGACGCGACCCAUGUGCUCCCGAUGGUUCACAACACGACUCUGCUGCUGCGCACUCGUUACCUCGACGGCGGCGACGAGUCUUUCGGCGAAGGCGAAGAUGCUUUGGGCCCCUUCAUCAAGAAGCACGCUUCGCGGGAUUGUCGUGAGGUGAAGCUGGCGGGCACAUCGUCCGACGGAAGUUCGACCGACCUUACCUACACUCUCCACGAGGAUCCCAUCAAGGGGCAGAAGAGCGGUGCAGACCACGGUGCGUGUUUGGAGUUGGCGCGCGCGUUCGUGACAACCUUGAUCGGCAGACUUGAACACCGGCUCAAGGACCUCGCCAACCUCGACGGGGCGAAGCUGUUCAAGCAGGGGUCGUAUCCCAAGAACCAAGCCAAGCGCGAGCGGAAACUUGCAAAGUGGCUGCAGUCUCUGCGAAACAUGUUUAAGGAGAAGCCUGACGAUCCCGACACUCUACCAGGUGCGUGCAAUACUUGA